CUGUCCAAUCAGAGCGCGUCUUUCCCGAGCCCCGCCCUGCUCUUGUUGCUCGGCUUACUCCGGCCCACCCGGUGACCGCCCGCCCGGUGGCGGAGGAGCAGUGCGGUUACCCUAGGAACCCCCGAUCAUGUCGCUGCGAGUGGCUAGGAGCGCGCGGGCCGUGGCCUGCAGCCUGCGCAGCGCCCUGGCCUCCUGCCCGCCGCGGCCCUGGGUGCCGAGCGCCGCCGCCGUCCGCGCGCUGCGCACUGGAUCCGCUGUGCAGUCGGUGCGUAAAUUCACAGAGAAACACGAAUGGAUAACCACAGAGAAUGGUAUUGGAACAGUGGGAAUCAGCAAUUUUGCACAGGAAGCUUUGGGAGAUGUUGUUUACUGUAGUCUGCCUGAAGUUGGGACAAAAUUGAAAAAACAAGAUGAGUUUGGUGCUUUGGAGAGUGUGAAGGCCGCCAGUGAACUCUACUCCCCUCUCUCGGGAGAGGUGACCCAAGUCAACGAGGCUCUUGCAGAAAACCCGGGGCUCGUCAACAAAUCCUGUUAUGAAGAUGGUUGGCUGAUCAAGAUGGCACUGAGUGACCCUUCAGAGCUGGAUGAUCUAAUGAGUGAAGAAGCCUAUGAAAAGUAUGUGAAAUCCAUUGAGGAGUGAACAUGGCACCCCACUCCCAACAGAACUGUGGGGUAACCUGCUCCAGGAUGCUUGUCUUAAAUUAGUGGAGGAUAGUAGAUUUGAAGUAACUUUUAGCAAUACUGAUGGAAGGAAACUAUUCUCUACAGUGCUACUUAAAAAACCCAACUUCCUGAUGGGUGCAGAUAAACACAAUGUACAUAUGUUUAAUAAUCCCCAUGCUAGAUAUUUAAACGAGGGGUUAAGCACUGGUGUUUAGAAUUCUUAAUCAUCUAUGGUAAAAAAAAAAAAAUGGUUAUGAAGCUGGGUUUGGUGAUGAACCUAUCCUUUAAUCCCGGCACUCGGCAGGCAGAUCUCUUGUUAGUUCGAGGUCAGCCUGGUCUACUAACAAGUUCUAGGCCAGCCAGAGUUACUUGGUGAGAUCCUACUCAGUGAAUAUAAGAAUUCCGUAAUUCACUAUAACAGUGUUAUAAAUCUCCCAUAAUAUUGUAACUUGCCCACAUCCACCACUGGAUUUUGGCUAAAAGACUUCAUGUGUCUUCUCAUUGGCAAUGCCUGGGAGCACAGGAAAGUAUCGUACAGUGUCAGGUGCAGGACAGCACUGUCGUAAUUUUACCACGUGCUGCGUUGGCUGCCAUGUUUUUCCUCUAUGAAGUACUGGCUUUGCAAAGCAGUGAGAAACAAAUAAAACAGUUUUCCUCUUU